AUGUCCUCGUCAGCUCUCACUGCUACUUCUUCCGCUACUACACCUACAUGUUUUACCAAAGCUAAUAAGGAUCCGCAAUGGCGUCUUGCCAUGACAAAUGAAUAUAAUGCUUUUAUUCAGAAUAAAACAUGGUCUCUUAUUCCCCGUACACCAUCUCAUAAUCUUGUUGGAUGUAAAUGGGUUUUCAAACUCAAGCAUAAAGUUGACAGGUCUAUUGAUCGACAUAAAGCACAUCUUGUGGCUAAAGGAUUCCAUCAACAACAAGGUAUUGAUUAUGAAGAGACAUUCAGUCUUAUGGAAAAACCCAUUAGUAUUCGUGUUAUUCUUUCUUUGGCAAUAUCUUAA